UCGCGGAGCCUCCAAAGCGCCAUGUUGGAGCAGAGCAUCCGGAGGUUUACCACCUCUGUGGUCCGGAGGAGCCACUAUGAGGAGGGCCCUGGGAAGAAUUUGCCAUUUUCUGUGGAAAACAAGUGGCGGUUACUGGUUAUGAUGACCAUGUUCUUUGGGUCUGGAUUUGCUGCACCUUUAUAG